CCUUCCUGGGGAUGAUUUUUGCGAAAAGAAUCAAGGCCCUCUUGAAAUUUCGAGGGGCAUGGAAUUGGGCCGUGGAGAGGAGGAGAUCGAGUGGAUCAUGAAUGAAUGCGUUCAUGAAGACUGGAUUUAUAGGCUCAGUUCAAUUUUGGAAUGGACGACUCUGGGUGUAGGCUUUGACAUCCGUGAAGGGAUUGAAGGUGAUGAUGAGGAUGUGCAUGAGCUGGUACCCCUCAUGCAUUGGGCGAUUAGAGUGAACAAAGAUCAACGACGUGCGCAAGCGGCCAUUAGGUGGGACACCUUGAGGUUUUUUCUGCAAGAAAAGGAGAUGGAGCUGAGGGGUAAUUCAUCAAAGGCAGAGAGGAACACAGGCAGACCAAGGAAGAGAAAGCUGUCUUCAAAGGCGGUGGUGAGGAGUGGCGGAAAGUCGGGGUGGUAUGUUAGUGCAGGCUCCUUUGGGUGUGCUGGUUAAGUUUCUAUUGAAUUUGCUUGUAGUUUUGAAAAGUCACUGUAUCUUUGUUUCUUCAGCCAAUUUUGAGCAUAGGGCUAGUUUUUUUAUUAGGGCUCCCCCUAUUUUGUUUGUUGGAUGUUGGGGGUAUGCAAAUUUGAUAAUGCUUAGGGGUCUCAUAAUGUAUGAAGGAUGUAAUAAUGGGGUGGUUUGGAGUAGGGGUAAUUUGUAGUAAAUGCUGGCCUGAUUUUUCAUACAAGCAAUUUUGAUCCAAA